GAGUAGUCAGCUAUCCAUCACAAAAGUGCAAUAAGAUUACACUGAAAAAAAGAAAUAUUUCUCCCAAUGUAAUAGUGCCAUAAUUCAAAAAUAUGUUCGCGAUAAAGAAUAAACUAUUGAUUAUCAACAUCACUGUAAUUGUUGCAAUAAGCAUACAUGCUGCAAAAGUGCCACUUUUUAAAUUGUCGAUUGGUGACAUCGUUAAUAUGAAUUAUUUCGAUGAUUUAUCGACUGAACGCAUGGGAAACCUAUUCAAUUCUUAUAUUGCACCAGUAUAUACAAAAACUGAUGAUUUUGACGAUACUCAUCAUAUAAUUGUCAGUAAGGAAACUUGCUUAUCUUAUGAAUCUUUAGCAUCCUAUACUUGUCCGGAAAUAAUUAUUAAAAAUACAAAAUCUGACUCAUCGAAAAUCCCAUGCAUCGCAGAUAGAAUGAAAUAUAAUUACUUUGGCAUUCACCAAGAUUACAUAAAUCAGAAAUACUUGUAUGGGAUAUUUAGAUUAUGCAGAAUCGUAAAAACCCAAAAUUUAACCAUUCAAGUUAUUGAUGAAAGUGAUUUUCCAAUUACUAAUCAUUUUAUAAAUUAUAAAAUGCUACUCGAUCAAACAGCUGUUUUACGAUUAAAACAUGGUAAUGAAUCACAUGUUGUGUCAUCCAUCACAACGGGAGACUGUUUACUCCAAGUUUAUGUUAACAAUGCUGAGAUGUGUGACUUUUUAACCAAUUGCAAGAAAAAAAUGAAAUUUGACAACUAUUUUUUUGACAGUUCUCUAGGCAAAACCCGCGUAAUAAUAUCCAGCAAUAUGCGUGAUCGUGAAAAUCAGGUUAAUGAUUACUUAGAUAAGUCUGGAGCAUUACUUUUCAAUUUCACUCAUUUACCAAAAACUUACUACGAUAUUCUGAAUCUUCUCGAUACAUACGCUGUUAUUCGUCUUGAAUUACAUUCCCUACCUAAAUUACCGGAAACAUUGAAACAACCAUUAGAGAAAUCGUCUAUUAAAAAGACUUUGUUUAAAUCUUUAAAACCAGGUGACAUUCUUAAUGUUGAUGACUUGAAAAAUAUCAAUUCAUUUAUAACGGUCGAUACCAUGUUAGUCGACGUCUACGAUGAAACAAUAACACCACCCAUGGUGCUUCAAUACACUGAUUGCUAUGAACACAACGAAAACGACGCAGUGAAACUCGAUUUUGUAACUUAUAAAUCGUACCCUAUUUAUUCUCCAGAAUCUUACUAUAAAUUCGAUGUUUUCGAUGAAAUAGUUAAACGCAGACACUAUGGAGUUGAUCGUAGAUAUUUAAAUAGAAAUUACAAGUGUGUGAAGACUACUAUUUGCUCUGAGUUCGAACGACGGAAACUAAUUAUUCCGUCAAUUUAUGUAAUUAAUUUGAACAAACAAAACGCUAAUGAAUCGCUUAUAUUUAACAGUAAAAAUCUAGUUUUUCGUUACAUGGUUAAUAAUGAAACGCACUACGUUGCUCGUACAGAAAAAGGCAAUUGCUUGUUUCAGGCAUUGAUCUAUCCGAAUGACGAUGUCAAAUCCAAAAAUGAUACAACAAGUUUGCCUCUGUUAUACAUAGGGAAAAUAUUAUCAGCAACUAAUGAUCUUAUCCUUGAAAACAGGGCAGAAAAUUAUAUCAAUAAUCUGACAAUUGAUUUAUACAGAACUCUAAUGAGUGCUGUGCAAAAUCCUUCAAUUAGAGCAUCUUUUUUUUCAAAAUUUAUUCACAGUGAAGCACUAGUGUUUACGUCAUUGGCUAUUUGUCGCACUGUCUUCGAAGAAUUUGAUGCAGCACGCAAAAUAAGUCGACGUUCCCGAGAUGAAGUGGCUAGUUUUGUUCGACCUUUAUAA